AGAUUGUCUGAUGUCAAUGUCAAGUUUUAAAAGAUUGUUCUCGAUAAACUUUUAUCUACCUACUUAAUUUAUUAAAAACAUAAUUCCUUCAAAAAUGUCCUAAUUGCAAUAAAUAAAAUGGAACUUAAUUAAUAGUAGUAAAUGGUUGUUAAUAUCGCUAUUUGUACAUAAAUUUCAACCAGGAUAACGCAAUAGGUUAUAUUAAACGGUUGUACUCUUGUUAUUAUUUAAAUUUGAAAAUCAUCUUGCCCUCGCUUCGUAACAAAAUGUUUUGUUGGGGAAAUGCUACACAUCAUGAAUUGUGCAUUGAAGGUUCUGAUAAUCUUAAUCUGGUCAUUAAACCUACAUUUUCUAAAUGGAAGGAAAGUAGUCAUAUCCAAUUUGUAGCUGCAGGGGAGUUUCAUACUUUGUAUUUAACAAAUGUUGGUCAUUUGUAUUCCUGUGGGAAUAAUGACGUUGGACAAUUAGGACGACACACUAAAGAGGAAGAUGGGAAAUAUCCAGGUUCACUUGUAGAGACCUUUAAAGGAUGUAGUUUAUCAGCUAUAGCAUGUGGAAUGCAGCAUUCCAUGGCAAUAGAUGAAUGGGGCCAGCCAUUUAGUUGGGGUUCUGAUAGCAUGGGCCAGUUGGGUAGUAAUCUAGGUGCCCAUGCACAGGAUAAACCAAAAAUUAUUAAGUUCCUGGCUACCAAAAAUGUGAUUCAAAUUGCCUGUGGAUUCUACCAUUCAGUAGCUUUGACAAAUAAUGGUGAAUUAUAUGCUUGGGGUGCAAACAGUUAUGGCCAGUGUGGGUUGGGAACAAUGUCAAAUAAGGAAACCACACCACAGCAGAUAACAUCAUUAGUUGGUGUUCCCAUUGCUCUUGUGGCUUGUGGCAGUAAUCAUACAUUUGUGUUAUCAAAGUCAGGUGCUGUGUUUGGAUUUGGUAAAAAUAGUCACGGACAACUAGGAUUGCAAGAUAGAGAAAAUAGAUGCUAUCCCACACAUCUAAAAGUUUUAAGAAAUGUCAAGGUUUGUUAUAUUUCAUGUGGGGAAGAUUUUACUGCCUUCCUUACUUUAGAUGGCGGUGUUUUUACAUGUGGUUCUGGUGAAUAUGGACAAACGGGACAUGGUACUGUGAAGGAUGAACUAGUUCCUAGAAAGAUAGUAGAGCUGAUGGGCAGCACAGUGACGCAGAUAGCGUGCGGGCGGCGGCACGUGUUGUGCCGUGUAGGCGAGCGCGUGCUCGCGUGCGGGAACGGCGCGCGCGGCCAGCUCGGCAGCCCGCAUAUGGCGUUCGCGCUGGUGCCUACGCCUGUACCGUUCACGCCUAAUGAUGACUCGCCGACCGAUAAUGCUGGGCAGACUAAGCCAAAGAAGAAAUCGAAGCUGGAGAGUACGACUACAUUCGGUAAACAGGCUGCAGGAACCUCCAAACUUAAUUUCUCGCCAGAUUUGCUGAGUGGUCCUAUAAAGGUGUUUGCUGGUGGUGACCACAGUUUCUUAGUACUGAGCAGCGAUAAGUCCAGUCCCAAUGACGCUAGAGUACCGGAUAGUAGAAGGCAAAUAAUGACGCUUAAUAUACCUAAACUAGCCGCUUGUGAGGUCUUCAAAGACGACGAUGUUGUAAAUCAAGAUCUCAUGGCGUACUUGGAAACUGUGUUCGGUUCGUUAGCGUGUAUAAACGGCUCAUUCUUGAUGCAAAACAGUGCACACUUCGGUUGUAACACUAAAGUGCCUGGUGUUGAUCUUGCAAGGGCUCAAGAGGCUUUUAAUAUUAUUAGUCGCUUAGAAAAUACGUCUAUUAAGGAACUUAUAUUUAGUCACCUAACGGAAAACAUAAUAAAGAAAGUUAAAACGUCCCCUCCUGACGCAGAAGCAUUGAGACUGUUUCUCGUAUUGCCUUUGUAUCAUGAAAUGAGAAAUCCGCGAAGGCAUCCUGAAUUACAGGGACCAUUCGCGGAAGCAUUUAAUAAGCUUUUAGUUCACCCGCAACGUAUAGUGCACCUGUGGUGGGAGGCACAGUCUGGAGAGUACUUUGAAAUGUUAGUGGACAUAUUUAAAAGUGUCAUUGUUUAUGAGCUUAUGCAACCAGCGGUGAGAGCUAAUAAGAAAAUAUACUUCACACACAGCAUUGUUCAAAUAUUAAAUACUCUAUCCACAUUAAAUAAGAUAAAUUUCACAAAUCCUAAGAAACCGAAAAUACCAGCUGAAUGUUUCUAUGUAGAAGACUUGUGCUCAUAUGUGGAUAUAGCGACGGAUUAUAUUAACUGGCUCUCUGAUCAAGAUUCGUCACAACCUCACCUCUGCAACUACGCGUUCCUCUUCGACGUCCAGUGCAAGUCGCUGCUUCUGAAGAUAGACCAGCAGUUGCAAAUGCAAAUGGCCAUCACGCGAGCGGCCACGCAGAUGUUCACCCGGCUGUUCAUGGACCCAACGUAUCCGUACCAGAGGGAUCAAUUUCUCAAUCUGUCGGUAUCGAGGAACCAUAUUGUUCGUGAUACGAUGUUACAAAUUAGCAACCAUGACAGUUCACAGUUGAAGAAACCGCUUAGAGUAGAAUUCGUGGGCGAGGAGGCAGAAGACGCUGGCGGUGUGAAAAAAGAGUUCUUUUUGUUAUUACUCAAAGAAAUAUUCGAUCCUGUGUAUGGAAUGUUCAAACAGUCGGAGGAAACCUAUAUGAUUUGGUUCUCAAAUAAUCCGUUUGAAGAUGACGUUAUGUAUUAUCUAAUUGGUGCAAUAUUCGGCCUAGCGAUUUAUAACUCGAUUAUAAUCUACGUGCCGUUCCCUCUCGUGUUGUAUAAAAAGUUGUUGGGUGAAUCUGUAAUGUUAGACGAUUUGUCCGAUUUGUAUCCAACUUUAGCCAAUAGCUUGAAACACCUGUUAGACUACCCGGAUGAGGAUGUGGAAGACGUGUUCAGCCUAUGCUUUGCGGUCAACACUGUGGUGUUCGACCAAAUUCAAGUUCACCCACUCAAAGAAAACGGUGAAAAUUUGCCCGUGACUCACGAGAACAAGGCGGAGUACGUCGAUCUCUACGUUGACUUUUUGCUCAAUAAAUCUGUAGACAAUCAAUUUAAAGCAUUUAAUCAGGGUUUCCAGAAAGUGUGCGGUGGUAGAAUAAUAAAAUUAUUUAGGUCCCACGAGCUAAUGUCGGUGGUUAUUGGUAAUGAGGAGUACGACUGGGAUAUGUUUGAGAGUAACUGCGAGUAUAAGAACGGCUACACAGCGACUGAUCAACAAGUUAGAUGGUUUUGGGAGGUCUUUCACGAGCUAUCUAUUGAAGAUAAGAAAAAGUUCUUACUCUUCUUAACGGGAAGUGACCGCGUGCCCAUUCAGGGCAUGAGAGAUAUAAAAAUAAGAAUUCAAGCAGUGGCCGACGAUCGUUUCUUCCCCGUUGCGCACACUUGCUUCAACCUGCUGGACCUGCCUCGGUACAAGACGAAAGAACGUCUCAAAUAUUAUCUCCUCCAGGCCAUACAACAAACACAAGGAUUUUCACUCGUCUAACAUAAAAUUAUAUAUAUACGUCACACAAAUUAUUAUGUGUUUAUUAUGAUGUUGUUACUUGCAUGUGAUAUGUUGGUAUGUAAAUCACCUGAGGUUGCGUGAGAGCAUAAAACUGUUUUCAGAUUUCAUUUUACACAGUUUGAUGACUGCAUUGUUUCGGGACACUAGGUCACAAUUGAAUUACAAAUAAUACACACUAUUUGGCAUUUACGAAUUGAAUUUAGAAUGGCCCACUCACUGCAUUAAUAUCAUAUCGAAAUUAAGCAUAGUAUAGACCACAGUACUAUUAAAAAUACCGUUUAAUUCGACCACAUGCCAAAAUUGAUAUACAAUUUUGCACAGGUGUUGUGCUUCCAUCUUAAUGGUUCAACCUAGAACAAUAAACAUGAUAUGACAUGAACUCAAAUAAAUACUCGUGUUCAGAAAGAUUUAUGCAUCAUCUAAUUAUUGCUUUCGUUGGUCAUUAAUAAUUCAGCUUAUAGAACGAAUAUUUUAUUGUGUCACUCUACAAUUCAGUCAUUGUCGUUCUAUAAUGGACCGGAACAGGUGCUAUUCAUACUGCUAAUAAAUUUAUUACGUCACAUCUUUAAAUAACAUUACAAAACC